AUGUCCGGUGGAAGUGGAUCACUUAAUACGCAUUUAUUAGGCUCAAUUGCCUAUGAACCAGAAAGUAUUGCUGAAGGCGAGAGUCUUAUUGUUCCUAAAAGAGUAGAAGUAGCCCCAAGAAAUCCUUUAAUCGAGAUACUCUUCAUAAAAUUGAACCAGUCAAAGAAUGAAGUAUCACUUGAGGAAGUUGAUGUCGAAGAUGUUGAUGACACAUUAAUUAAAGACAAGUUGACAUGUGGUAAGUGCCAUAAGACGUUCAACUCGAGAUCAUCCCUGAUCAAGCACUUGAAGGUCAAACACCAUGUUGUAAUCGUUGGUGUCAAGCAUGGGCGUCCUGACCAAGGUGGAAGGCUUGCAUACUGUAUCCGCCAGCAGCAAAAGAAGGCCGAUAGAAAUUCCGUUUUGAGAGUCGACGAAAAAAAAUUUAAGAAGCAAAUAAGGAAACAAAUCAGUUAUGAGGCGGUAAAAGCCAAGAAGAGAGCUGAGUGGGCUAUGUUGGAGAGUAAGGACCUUCUUGAAAACCUUAAGGUUUUAUGGGAUACGUCUGAUGGUGUAUGAAGACCAGAUUUUGCC